AUGGCUUAAUAAACUCCAAAAUAAUUCAAAGCGAAUUUAGAUUAAUAAUCUACUCCAAAUUAAAAUAAUAAAGGAUGUCCUCUUAAUUAGUCUUAGGGAGUAGACAAUGAAUUGUUAUCUUCAAAAAAGAAAGUAUAAUAUAAAUAAUCAUCUUAAGGAAGUCUACGAUAGGAUUAUGAGUUCCUAAACAAAUCGAGAUAACUAAACAGAUGUCUCCUAAUAUUUCGAUCAUUUAGGAGGUGAGAAAUCAAAAUUUUAUCAAUUUUAGGAAAGUGUCUAUGUUCAUUAUGUAACUGUGGAAAACAUAAAUGCAAUAGUAAGAAUUGUGUCAACAAACCUCAAUUACAUGGAAAUUAUACUAUCUAUUAAAAGGAGUUUGUUAAAAAGACUCCUGAGAAUGGAUCAAGAUGCAACUAAAACAUUUUUUAGUAACCAAAGGCUGAAGGUGAUUUAGGAAAUGUUACCACUUAUAAAGUAAGUACUCGCAAACUAUUAUUUUAGCAUGACUUUCCAGGAUAUAAUAGCAAAGUAGAAUUACAGAAGAAUACAUCCAAACCUACUGUUAGCGGCGUUCCAUUCUCUGGGAUUUCAACCUAUAAUAAUAUGUAUUUAAAUUGGGGAAUGGGUGACACACCUCAAUUAUUACCAUAAAACAAUCCUACUGUUAUCAAAGAAAUGCCAUUUAUGGGAAAGAGCAUUUAUAAGGAUAGCUAUUAAGGAGCUUAGACAGCACCAGUACAAAGUUGUAAGAAUAUGAACAAAGCUUUGAAGUAAUAGACUACUAGAAUCAUUAUAUAGAUCACCCUUAUCACCUCCGGAUCUGAAAUUUUAUGCAGAAUCAAUAUCGAAAUCUUCAUAUAAACCCUUCAAACCAGAGACAACUUAAAGUGCCAAAGGUAAACAAGAUGUAAAUACAUUAAUCAAUACAUAUAGUCAACCUUAAAUCCAUCAUAUAAUGGUUAAUAUAACAGUGAAUAUCGUAAAGAAUUUGAUCCAAAACAUUAGAGUCAAUGUCCUGCUAAAGAAGUUUUAGAGGAAGUUGCUCGUAGCACUUAAUUUUGA